AUGCCUUGGAGUCAAGCUCAAAGGAAAAGACUGGCGGCAGAGAAAAGCGUACUAGAUCGUUAUUUCCCUGGAUGUGUGAAAUGGAUCGAUCCUACCGGCGAUACGAAAGUAGAAGUCGCGCUGAAAACAAACAACGAUAACGAAUACACUUUGAGAAUCUACAUUGGAAAUUUUCCUAAUUCAAUUCCUGAUAUGGUUGUGGUUUCUUCACCGAAGCCGAUGCCUGAUUGGGGAAGUAGUUCCGUCACUCAUACUCUGUCGAAACGUGAUGGGUAUUUACAAAUUUGUCAUUACCACAGCAGUCAGUGGACGGAUCGCUCCUCGCUGUAUGAAGUCGUGAUGAAGGGACGUGUCUGGCUUGAAGCUUACGAAGGUCACCUCAGAACUACACAACCGAUGAGUUACUUUCUUCGGGAAAUGGCAUCAACGCGAGAAAUGGAAGCACAACAGUGCGUGAUUCUUUAA